CGCACGUGACGGCGCUAACGAUUGUCCGAAGCUGUCACCUAGCUCCGUUCCCAUCAACGUUACAAACACCCCCAUUCCCUCACCAUCACCGCCCUGUCUCACAACGCCCCUGUGCCGAACUUCAUUCUACACACCUCACCUCGCAACCCCCACACCAUUCUCUGGCGAAACUGCGAAAUCUGUCAUGGGCAAUCAACAGUCGAGUGCUGGAGGAGGACCUCCAGGCGGAGAUGGCAAAGACAAGAAAGACAAGAAGGAUAAGCCCAAGUACGAGCCUCCGCCACAGCCAACGACGCGCAUCGGAAGGAAGAAGAGAAAGGCUGCCGGGCCAAGCGCUUCUGCAAAACUCCCCACCGUCUACCCGACUGCGCGAUGCAAGCUACGAUACCUGCGGAUGCAGCGCAUCCACGACCAUCUUCUGUUGGAGGAGGAGUACGUGGAGAACCAAGAACGCAUCCGCAAGGCUAAGGCCGUAAACACAUCCGCGCCUGCAAGUGCUGGAGGAGACUCUGACGCUAUCGAUCGAAACGCCGACGAGAGGUCGCGAGUGGAUGACAUGCGAGGUAGCCCCAUGGGCGUCGGUAAUUUAGAAGAACUUAUUGACGACGACCACGCCAUCGUCUCCAGCGCUACUGGCCCCGAAUACUACGUCUCGAUCAUGUCUUUCGUCGACAAGGAUCUGCUGGAGCCUGGAGCCAGCAUCCUGCUACAUCACAAGUCCGUUUCGGUGGUUGGCGUCUUGACUGAUGACGCCGACCCCUUGGUCUCGGUCAUGAAGCUGGACAAAGCACCGACGGAAUCAUACGCGGAUAUUGGGGGUUUGGAACAGCAGAUCCAGGAGGUCCGCGAGGCCGUUGAGCUCCCUCUCCUUCAUCCGGAGCUGUAUGAGGAGAUGGGCAUCAAGCCACCGAAAGGUGUCAUUCUCUACGGCGCCCCAGGCACUGGCAAGACUCUUCUGGCGAAGGCCGUGGCGAACCAAACUAGUGCGACCUUCUUGCGAAUUGUCGGUAGCGAGCUGAUCCAGAAGUACCUGGGUGAUGGACCACGACUUGUGCGCCAGCUCUUCCAGGUGGCAGCAGAACAUGCUCCUUCCAUCGUCUUCAUUGACGAGAUUGAUGCCAUCGGGACGAAGCGUUACGAGUCAACUUCCGGAGGCGAGCGCGAGAUUCAGCGUACUAUGUUGGAGCUUCUCAACCAACUCGAUGGCUUUGAUGACCGCGGUGAUGUCAAGGUCAUUAUGGCUACGAACAAGAUUGAAACCCUUGAUCCCGCUUUGAUACGACCUGGUCGGAUUGACAGAAAGAUUCUCUUUGAGAACCCCGACCAGACGACCAAGAAGAAGAUUUUCACGCUUCACACUUCCAAGAUGUCUCUCAAUGAGGAUGUCGAUCUCGAUGAGUUCAUCAGCCAAAAGGACGAUCUCUCUGGCGCCGAUAUUAAAGCUAUCUGUUCCGAAGCAGGCUUGAUGGCUCUCAGGGAACGCCGGAUGAGGGUGCAGAUGGAAGACUUCCGUACCGCUAGAGAGCGUGUGCUGAAGACUAAGAGCGAAGGAGAGCCCGAGGGCUUGUAUUUGUAGAUGGGACUGAUGAUAUCUGACAUAACUUCCAGUGGUAACUCCUUUGGGCACCGGCAGUUUUUAAUAGUAGCUAGAGCACAAGAAGGGAGUGUAGUCGAUAGCUUUUUGAAGCAUAUAAAGUCCAUCCCUGUGGUUCGAACAACCCCCCGCACUGAACCAGAUCCCUCGUUCACGCACUUUGCACCUCAAC